AUGUCAGGUAUCACUGCAGACGUCAGGUAUCACUGCAGACGUCAGGUAUCACUGCAGACGUCAGCCUUCACUGCAGACGUCAGGUAUCACUGCAUAUGUCAGGUAUCACUGCAGACGUCAGGUAUCACUGCAUAUGUCAGGUAUCACUGCAGACGUCAGGUAUCACUGCAGACGUCAGCUAUCACUGCAGACGUCAGGUAUCACUGCAGACGUCAGCUAUCACUGCAGACGUCAGGUAUCACUGCAUAUGUCAGGUAUCACUGCAGACGUCAGGUAUCACUGCAGACGUCAGGUAUCACUGCAGACGUCAGGUAUCACUGCAGACGUCAGGUAUCACUGCAGACGUCAGCCUUCACUGCAGACGUCAGGUUUCACUGCAGACGUCAGGUAUCACUGCAGACGUCAAGUAUCACUGCAGACGUCAGGUCUCACUGCAGACGUCAGGUAUCACUGCAUACGUCAGGUUUCACUGCAGACGUCAGGUAUCACUGCAGACGUCAGGUAUCACUGCAGACGUCAGGUUUCACUGCAGACGUCAGGUAUCACUGCAGACGUCAGGUAUCACUGCAGACGUCAGCCUUCACUGCAUAUGUCAGGUAUCACUGCAGACGUCAGGUAUCACUGCAUAUGUCAGGUAUCACUGCAGACGUCAGCUAUCACUGCAGACGUCAGGUAUCACUGCAUAUGUCAGGUAUCACUGCAGACGUCAGGUAUCACUGCAUAUGUCAGGUAUCACUGCAGACGUCAGGUAUCACUGCAGACGUCAGCCUUCACUGCAGACGUCAGCCUUCACUGCAGACGUCAGCCAUCACUGCAGACGUCAGGUAUCACUGCAUAUGUCAGGUAUCACUGCAGACGUCAGGUAUCACUGCAUAUGUCAGGUAUCACUGCAGACGUCAGGUAUCACUGCAGACGUCAGGUAUCACUGCAGACGUCAGCCUUCACUGCAGACGUCAGGUAUCACUGCAUAUGUCAGGUAUCACUGCAGACGUCAGGUAUCACUGCAUAUGUCAGGUAUCACUGCAGACGUCAGGUAUCACUGCAGACGUCAGGUAUCACUGCAGACGUCAGGUAUCACUGCAGACGUCAGCCUUCACUGCAUAUGUCAGGUAUCACUGCAGACGUCAGGUAUCACUGCAUAUGUCAGGUAUCACUGCAGACGUCAGCUAUCACUGCAGACGUCAGGUAUCACUGCAUAUGUCAGGUAUCACUGCAGACGUCAGGUAUCACUGCAUAUGUCAGGUAUCACUGCAGACGUCAGGUAUCACUGCAGACGUCAGGUAUCACUGCAGACGUCAGCCUUCACUGCAGACGUCAGCCAUCACUGCAGACGUCAGGUAUCACUGCAUAUGUCAGGUAUCACUGCAGACGUCAGGUAUCACUGCAUAUGUCAGGUAUCACUGCAGACGUCAGGUAUCACUGCAGACGUCAGGUAUCACUGCAGACGUCAGCCUUCACUGCAGACGUCAGGUAUCACUGCAUAUGUCAGGUAUCACUGCAGACGUCAGGUAUCACUGCAUAUGUCAGGUAUCACUGCAGACGUCAGGUAUCACUGCAGACGUCAGCUAUCACUGCAGACGUCAGCUAUCACUGCAGACGUCAGCUAUCACUGCAGACGUCAGGUAUCACUGCAGACGUCAGGUAUCACUGCAGACGUCAGGUAUCACUGCAGACGUCAGGUAUCACUGCAGACGUCAGGUAUCACUGCAGACGUCAGGUAUCACUGCAGACGUCAGGUAUCACUGCAGACGUCAGGUAUCACUGCAGACGUCAGGUAUCACUGCAGACGUCAGGUAUCACUGCAGAUGUCAGCCUUCACUGCAGACGUCAGGUUUCACUGCAGACGUCAGGUAUCACUGCAGACGUCAAGUAUCACUGCAGACGUCAGGUCUCACUGCAGACGUCAGGUAUCACUGCAUACGUCAGGUUUCACUGCAGACGUCAGGUAUCACUGCAGACGUCAGGUAUCACUGCAGACGUCAGGUAUCACUGCAGACGUCAGGUUUCACUGCAGACGUCAGGUUUCACUGCAGACGUCAGGUAUCACUGCAGACGUCAGGUAUCACUGCAGACGUCAGGUAUCCCUGCAGACGUCAGGUUUCACUGCAGACGUCAGCCAUCACUGCAGACGUCAGGUUUCACUGCAGACGUCAGGUAUCACUAGAGACGUCAGCCUUCACUGCAGACGUCAGCCUUCACUGCAGACGUCAGGUAUCACUGCAGACGUCAAGUAUCACUGCAGACGUCAGGUCUCACUGCAGACGUCAGGUAUCACUGCAUACGUCAGGUUUCACUGCAGACGUCAGGUAUCACUGCAGACGUCAGGUAUCACUGCAGACGUCAGGUUUCACUGCAGACGUCAGCCAUCACUGCAGACGUCAGCCAUCACUGCAGACGUCAGGUUUCACUGCAGACGUCAGGUAUCACUGCAGACGUCAGGUAUCACUGCAGACGUCAGGUAUCACUGCAGACGUCAGCCUUCACUGCAGACGUCAGGUUUCACUGCAGACGUCAGGUUUCACUGCAGACGUCAGGUAUCACUGCAGACGUCAGCCAUCACUGCAGACGUCAGGUCUCACUGCAGACGUCAGGUCUCACUGCAGACGUCAGGUAUCACUGCAGACGUCAGGUAUCACUGCAGACGUCAGGUAUCCCUGCAGACGUCAGCACAACAAGACUGUUUUUUGGUUUACGGUGACCACACUGUGUCAACUAAAGGUCUCCACCAUGAACCUCGUGCGCCUCCUGUGUCGCCAUAAGACGGCGCUGGUCAUCGGCUCUGUGUGCUGUUUCGCCGUCGUUUUGCUCUUUUUGGCCAAAUGCACUUCGGAGACGUUAAAGCAGACGCACGCAGACCCUCCAGGACUGGCCCCGCGCGCCGGCCCACCACAUCUGCACCACCGUGAUGCGCCCCUAAAACUCUCCUCCUCUACGGACAACUCCCGGAGAGACACCUCUGUGUUCCUGGUCGUCCUCAUCACCACCGGACCCAAAUACACGGAGCGCCGCAGCAUCAUCCGCAGCACGUGGCUCGUCAAGCGGGACCCGGACGUCUUGGCGAUGUUCGUGGUCGGAAUCAAUGGAUUAGCGAGCGAAGACAUGCUAAAUCUCAACACAGAACAAGCUCGCCACAAAGAUUUACUCCUACUGCCCGAUCUGAAAGACUCGUACGAGAAUCUAACAUUGAAGUUGAUACAUAUGUACACGUGGCUGGACCAAAACGUGGAUUUUAAGUUUGUGUUGAAAGCCGAUGACGACACGUUUGCACGCUUAGAUUUGAUCAAGGAGGAGUUGAAAUCCAAAGAAGCGAGCCGAUUGUACUGGGGCUUCUUUUCCGGUAGGGGUCGAGUGAAAUCGGCGGGCAAAUGGCGGGAAGGUUCCUGGGAGCUUUGCGAUUACUACUUGCCGUACGCCCUGGGAGGCGGUUACAUUCUAUCGGCGGAUCUGGUGCGCUACAUCCGCUUGAACUCGGGGUAUUUCAAAGUGUGGCAGAGCGAGGACGUUUCGCUGGGCGCCUGGCUGGCUCCCGUGGACGUGAAGAGGACUCACGACCCGCGCUUCGACACGGAGUACAAGUCGCGCGGCUGCAACAACAAGUAUUUGGUGACGCACAAGCAGAGUCUGGAGGACAUGUUGGAGAAGCACCAGACGCUGCAGCGAGACGGGCGGCUGUGCAAGGAGGAAGUGAAGCUGAGGUUGAGCUACAUCUACGACUGGAGUGUGCCGCCGUCCCAGUGCUGUCAGAGGAAGGACGGUAUCCCCUAA